UUAUAUAUACCGCAUAAACGCAGGUUCUCUAACCUAGGAAGUCCCUGCUUAUCUCCCUACUAAAUAGCUUCUCGCAAAGUCUCAACAGAAAGUACCCAAAAUGGAGCGUGAGCAGGCGAGCUCUCCGCAGCUGUGCGAGAAGGGCUGUGGCUUCUUCGCGAACGUGGGUUGUGGUGGCCUUUGCAGCAAGUGCCACCGCGAGAUUGCGCGGAACGCUCAAGCCACACCUGCCCAACCAAGGCCGGUCGUAGAACCAGUGGUGGCCAAGCCGUUACAAGAGGCAAAGUCGCCUGUUGAGCCUUCACCGUCGUCCACGCCUGAGGCGAGCACAAGCGGUUCCGCGGAUGUGCCACCAAAGACAGCGACCCGCUGCCUCGAGUGCAGGAAGAAGGUCGGGCUUACCGGUUUCAAGUGCAAGUGUGGGAACAUCUUUUGCGGGCAGCAUCGCUACGCUGAGAGCCACAACUGCCCCUUUGACUACAAAGGCAUGCAUAAGGAGAAGCUGUCGUCUGCCAACCCAGUGGUACAGGCCAGCAAGGUGCAGAAGAUUUGAGCUGACCGUCUAUACUAGGAGCGCAUUAGGUAGCUUACGGCUUUGUGCUUCACGUCGCGGUUUGCGCUAGGAGCAUCGGCAUGUCUGCGCAUGUGCAGAGCGGAUGUUGGGCGGUAACAGGCAUACAACUCCUGCAGACAUGAGCUAUUUGCCUUACAUGUGUACUUAUCUGCAUUUGAGCGGGUUGCAAUGCAAUGACGGUCGCAUAUCGGAGCAAUGUACGUUUUGUGACGGUGGGGUGUGGCGGCCCCAAUGGGGGGUUUUACAUGCAGCGUGCCAUCUCUGUACUUUAUGAGAUUACUUCACAACCUUGUAAACGGUUUGGACCUCAAUUGUUGUGACGGCUAUAUCUUCUUUUGACAUUUGACUGUGCUGUACUGUUUCUGCUGGUAAUUAUGGCGUCCCUCGCCCAUGUGGUACUCGUGGAGGCGAGGGGUGAAUGCAGGUCCAUUGCGCCUUUCAUUGUAAAAUACAAUUCGA